UCCGUCUAGACGCGCGCCUCUGUCGCCCGACACAAUCUUAAGGUGAUAGUCGACUGUUUUUAAUCAACAUCGCCUCCUAUUCUAUGUAGAAUUCCGUACGGCUAGAGUCGAUUUUAAGAAGGAAAAAAUUGAAUUCCUACAGAGGUGCGGCAAAGAUUAUUUUCGAGAAAAUGAAGCCGAAAAAUAGUGAAAUCAUGGUGAAAAAUACCGCAGACUUUUUGGAUAACGAGCGAAUAAACUGUGCAAUUUUACACGAAAAAAAUAUUAACAUGGAUAAAAGUACAUUAUACGAAAGUAUUCAUAAAGGAAAGGAAAUUGUUAAAACAAUUGAAUAUUUCAAAAAAACUCUUAAUAGUUUUAUAGAAAACGAAAAAAUAUUUUCGGAAAUAACGCAUGAAAAUAAUGUAGGAAAAAUUAAAUACAAACUAAAUAUACUUUUAGAUGACGAAAGUAGUCCAAACACUCAAGAAUGUUCCAUGUCAAAAAGUAACGGUCAUUUAGAAAGUAUAAGCCAAAGUGAACAUUCCAUAAUAGACCAGAUAGAAAACAGUCGUGUGUUGCAAGAUUUGUCCAAAGAGAAAACAACUACUAACGAUAAUAAAUCAGAAACCAGUAUUUUGACGAAAUCAAGAUUUGAUUACAGUGGAUCAGCCCCAAAAAGAUACACAACGAGUUGCUAUAUUAAACCAACCCCUGUACCAAUAUGGUAUACAGAAUCAUUAACACUUAAAAUAAAUUCAACUAAAAGGACCUACAGGGAACAAGUUUAUUUUAAAGUUAAACAGCGUCCAUACAAAUGGUCGGAAACCAUGACAACGGAAGUGAUGACGUGUCCGAAAUUGCAUCAAAACGAAGCCGUUGUUUCGGUGGAAAAUUCCGACUUUCAUUAUAUUUCCCUUGAACCUCAGCAAAUCGCUGCAAAAUAAGUUAUUUCUUUUUAUUUUUGGGUUGUAUUGUUACAUUCCGCUUUUAUUUCACGACUUCUUAGUGGCUCUAAGUUUAUUUAUUAUUAUAAUGUUUUAUAAUAAAGUUUUUAUGAAUU